CCCCUGCUUCCGGCGUUCAAGCGGAAGUAGCAAUGAGCUCAGGCCUCAUACUUCCAAUGGCGACCGAAAACUGGCCGAACAUAAAGCGGGAGCAAUCGUGGAGGCGCACGAAGCCUGCAAUCGACGUUAAAUAAUUAUAUAAUUUACAAACUACACAUAAAGUUCGUCUCCAAACACCGUAGUCUUUGAGCUAUGGCCGAUACCACAGCCAGAAAUGGGAGUAUUUCACCCCUCGAAUCGGAGUUAUAUUACUUGAUAUCGCGCUAUCUGAGCACGGGGCCGUGUCGGAAAGCGGCCGAGGCUCUGGUGUGUGAACUGGAGGAAAAUCAGCUCCUUCCACGUCGGUUGGAUUGGGAAGGAAAUGAACACCCGAGAUCUUAUGAAGAUUUGGUCACAGCCAACAGGCAUAUUGCACCAGACCACCUUUUGCAGAUAUGCAAGCAAAUCGGUCCGGUUCUGGACCGAGAGGUCCCGUCUGGUGUGCCAGGAGUGCACUCUCUACUGGGGGCCGGGAGACACUCUUUACUCCGAACAUCAAAAGACUGCUGCGCUAGCAGAUGGAAAACCUCUACAUUCGCAGCCCUUCACAGAGGGAGACCACCAGAGAGGCCUUUAAACUGCAAGGAUGCAAAUAUUGUGGAGGUGUGCCGAGGCAGAGAGCUCACAGGAGCCCAGCGCUUCAGCUCCAUCAACCCUGUCAGCAAUUAUCAGCACAUGAAGAUGCACAGGAGGAUCCUGGGACAUCUCUCUGCUGUGUACUGUAUCGCCUUUGAUCGAACAGGUUCCAGGAUUUUUACGGGUUCCGACGAUGCCUUGGUGAAGAUCUGGUCCUCGUUUGACGGAAGGCUUCACUCCACUCUCAGAGGACAUUACGCUGAGAUAUCAGACCUCGCUGUUAACUUUGAGAAUACUCUUAUUGCGGCGGGGAGCUGCGACAAAACCAUUCGAGUCUGGUGCCUUCGUACAUGUGCCCCAGUGGCAGUCCUGCAGGGCCACAGUGGGUCUAUUACCUCUUUACAGUUCUCUCCAUUUGUCAAGGGCUCCAAAAGGUACAUGGUGUCCACAGGAACUGAUGCAACUGUCUGUUUCUGGCAGUGGGAUGUAAAUAAUAAUGAAUUCAGUGAUCGUCAGCACAAGUUUACAGAGAGGCCGAGACCUGGUGUCCAGACCGUCUGCUCUUCCUUCAGCCCUGGUGGCAUGUUCCUUGCAACAGGAAGCACAGAUGAUGUCAUCAGGAUCUACUACCUGGGCAGUGGCAGUCCAGAAAAACUAGCUGAGCUCGACUCUCACACAGACAAGGUGGACAGCAUCCAGUUCUGUCAUUCUGGGGAGAGGUUUGUGAGUGGUAGUCGAGAUGGCACUGCCCGCAUAUGGAGACUGCAUCAGAGACAUCAGUGGAAGAGCGUUUUAUUGGACAUGUCUGCCACUCUUCCAGGGUCUGCACCUUUAACAGACGAUGAAAAUUUCUUCAAACCCAAAGUGACCAUGGUGUCCUGGGAUCGCCACGACAACACAGUCAUUACCGCCGUCAACAAUCAUCUCCUCAAAGUGUGGAACUCCUACACUGGACAGCUGCUGCACGUCCUUAAAGGUCAUGAGGCGGAGGUGUUUGUUUUGGAGCCGCAUCCCUAUGACCCUCGCAUCAUGCUCUCUGCUGGUCAUGAUGGCAAUGUCUUUGUAUGGGACCUCAUCAAGGGCACCAAAACCAUGCAUUACUUUAAUAUGAUCGAAGGUCAAGGACAUGGUGCUGUAUUUGACUGCAAGUUCACCCCUGAUGGCCAUCGCUUUGCGAUGACAGACUCUCAUGGACAUCUGGUUAUUUUUGGCUUUGGAAGCUCCAAGCCUUAUGAGAAGCUUCCAGACCAGGUGUUUUUUCACACCGACUACCGGCCGCUGAUCCGGGACACCAAUGGUUUUGUUCUGGAUGAGCAGACCCAGCAGGCACCACACCUGAUGCCGCCUCCCUUCCUGGUUGACGUGGAUGGAAACCCUCACCCUCCCAGAUUCCAAAGACUGGUCCCAGGAAGAGAAAAUAUUGCAGAUGAGCAUCUUGUUCCUCAACUUGGCUAUGUUGCUACAAGUGAUGGAGAGGUGGUGGAGCAGGUGAUCAGUCAGCAGUCUGCAGAGAGCGAGGAGGUUCGUCACAGCGCUCUGGAUUUUGCCAUUCGUCAGCUUCGAGAGCAUCAAGACAGACAGUCUGGCGCUCCGGGAGAGGCUGGUGUUCCUGCUGCUGCCCGUGUGCCAGAACCAGGAACUCCCCGCAGAGUGUCAGUAAACGAGCGCAUGGAGGUUCAGUCUCCACCUAAUGUAGGUUUGCGGCGCAGUGGACAGGUGGAGGGAGUCCGGCAGAUGCACCAGAACGCUCCACGCAGUCAGAUGGCCACCGAGAGAGACCUUCAGGCCUGGAGACGCAGGGUCGUGAUUCCUGAGCUGACCCCAAGUGGAUACAGGGCGCAGGAGUCAUUCAGAAUAGCCAAAGGUGAUGAGGAGGUGAAUCUUUACAACACCAAGAAAAGGAGAGUGACCCACUCCACAUUCAGGGAUGAUUCUGAUGAAGAAGGGCCGUGCCUGAAACGUACACAGUCUCGCAAACGGCAGAAGAAUCAGGAGCGCAAAGAGAAUCUGGCUGAAGAGUACAUUGAGUUUUCAUGUGAAGAGGGAGAGGAGACGGCAUCUUCUGAGGCCAGUGAAGUGGAAGGGAGUGACAUUGAUUCAUCCGCCGAAGAUGAAGAGGAAUGGAAGAGUGAUAGCUCAAGCCGCUCCUCCAGUGAUUAUUCCGACUGGACGGCAGAUGCAGGAAUAAGUGUGCGAACGUCAGAUUCUUCUAGACGACGCACUACCCGCAGGAUCAGCAGCUCUGAAGAGGAGGAUGAGGAGGAUGAUGAGGAGGAAGAAGAGCCAGCAGAUGAGGAGCCGGCUGUAGGUGAAGAGGAGACGUCAUCCCCUAGAAAGCACAAAAAAGCCAAAAGCAAAACACCAAAGCACUCUAAACCAAGGCCAUCCAUUAACAGAGAGAUAUCGAAUGAGUUCCGUCCUCCAGCUUGGAUUACUGACGUUGUUCCCCGAAAGUCCCCAUUUGUCCCUCAAAUGGGAGAUGAGGUCAUCUAUUUCCGUCAGGGUCAUGAGGCAUAUGUGGAUGCAGUCUGUCGCAUGAACCUGUACCCAAUAAACCUAGACAAACAGCCAUGGAAGAAGAUGCAGUUAAGAGACCAAGAGUUUGUGAAAAUAACAGGGAUCAAAUAUGAAGUUUGCCCUCCAACAUUAUGCUGUCUGAAACUGACCCAGAUUGACCCUGGAACUGGCAAAAUAACAGACCGAACCUUUUCAAUAAAAUAUCAUGAUAUGGCAGACGUAAUAGAUUUUCUGGUAUUACGUCAAAGCUACGAUGAGGCGCGAAACAGAGUGUGGACUUCGAAUGACCGUUUUCGCUCUGUGAUCGAUGACGCCUGGUGGUUUGGGGCCAUAGUUUGUCAUGAGCCAUAUCAAUCUGAAUAUCCCGACAGCCAUUUUCAGUGCUUCAAAGUCAAGUGGGACAAUGGCGAGACCGAAAAGCUGAGUCCAUGGGACGUAGAAGCUAUUCCUGAAAAUGCUGAACAGCCGGAGUCGGCGAGUGCUGGAGUACCAGUGACAGAUGAGGAGAUGAUGGAUAUCCUGUAUAAACCUCAAAGGGGUGAAUGGGGGGACAGGGGUCGGGAACAAGAGAGCGCACGCAUCAUUGCAGGAAUAGAGCAGCUUAUGACUGUGGAUAUUACAGCUCCUUUCUCUGGUCCGGUUGACCUCACUCAGUAUCCUACAUAUUGUACUGUCAUUGCAUAUCCCACCGAUCUGAACACCAUCAAACUGCGGCUCAAGCACAACUUCUACAGGAGGCUAUCGGCACUAAUCUGGGAUGUGAAACACAUUGAACAAAAUGCCAAGACCUUCAAUGAACCUCGCAGCAAGAUUGCACAAUCUGCCAAAAUCAUAACAAAUGUUCUCAUUAAGUUCAUCAGUAAACUUCACUGCACAGACAUUAUGGAGAUCUAUAAUGCUGUUGAGAACAUGGAGUACUCUGACGAUGAGGAAAUGGAUGACAUUGAUGCACCGGGAACCUCAGCCGGACAAAGACUUCGCCAGCCAUCAGUGGAGGUUGUGCUGGACAGGGAUGCUUGGAAGGACCAUUGUAAACGUUUACUGGACUACAUGUUUGAGUGUGAGGAUUCGGAGCCUUUCCGGGAUCCCGUAGAUCAAAGCGAUUAUCCAGAUUACACUAAUAUAAUUGACACUCCUAUGGACCUUGGAACUGUGCGCCAGACUCUUGAAGAAGACCGAUAUGAAAACCCAAUAGACGUUUGUAAGGACAUCAGGCUUAUUUUUGCCAAUGCUAAAGCCUAUACGCCAAACAAACGGUCUAAGAUUUACAGUAUGACUUUGCGUCUGUCCGCAUUUUUUGAGGAGAACAUACGCAAAAUAAUUUCCGACUACAAGACUGCCAUCAAAAGUAGCUUGAAGCUACGGCGCAGUCAGAGAUGCAGGAAGAAGUCGCAACAUCAGGAGUCUGUUUCUUUCAGCCAAGGAUCCACACGUCAAAAGAGGGCUACUAUAAAAACUCAGGAAAACACAGAACAGUCUACAGCCAAAUCUACCUCAGCCAAAGUGUCUGGACCAGAGCGUCGCAGAGCCCACGAAGCCAAGGAAACCUUCAGACGGAGUAGCUCAUCUUCUUCUGGAUCUGAUCAGGACAGCAAACAGUCUUUGAGUCAGUCAGAUGAGGAUGAUGAACAUUCGUCUUCAUCACGUGCCAUGAGACGCGAGACUAGGGCCACAAGAAAAAAAGCUGCACAGAAUAAAGGAGCGAAAUCAAGAAGACCAGAGAGCCACGUCAAGAUGAAUGGGCGCAGCAGGUCACAUGAGCGUCAGAAACCAAGAACAUCUAGUGAUUCUGACCACGAACCAUCGCAAGGCUCAGACGAAGCUUCAGAGAAUGAGUCUUCACCUUCUGUCAGCCGCCGACCGAGGACACGCAAGACUGCCAUGGCUGCAGUCAAUAAAAUGAAACUCAUUGAUACCUUGGGAGAUGAGGAAGGCACGGAUGAUGAAGGUGGUGGUGGCAGCACCCGACCCGCAACCCGUGCUAGCAAACGCUCCGCUGUCAUUCAGAGCAGUUCUGAUUCAGAUGACGAGGAGGAGGCGGCGGCCUCACAAGAGGAGUCGAAUGAAAGUGGUUCUUCAGCCAGUGAAGGAGAGAAAAGUGCUGGCAGCGCAGACAGUGACUCCUCUUCCCACAGCAAAAAGAACAGCAGAACUGCUGGACGGAGACCAUGUAGACGACCAGCAGAGAAAAAGGAAACUUCUCCGUUAACUAAUGGACAUGGCACCAAACGUCAGUGGGAGGAAAGUGAUGACAAUUCAGAAGAUGGGGGUAGUCCGAUUGAAAGUGAGAAUUUGGAGUCUGACAACGACCUUGUUGUCAGGCGAAAGUCCACCAGGAGGACUGCAAAAGCUGCUGUCAGUAAAAUAAAAAAAAUUAAUAAUACUGAUGCUGAAGAGGAGGAAAAUUGCACCAGGGAUAGACGUCAGAAGCAUCGGUCAAUAACGCAGGAGUCUGAAAAUAGUUCAGAUGAGGAAGUUGAGACGACCAAAACUCUCAAGCACCCCCAUCAGAAUGGAAGAAAGGUGGAUGCGAAAGAACUGAAGAGGUGUAAAGCACCAUCAGAACGCCAAGAACAAUCUCCUGCCGCGAAACAGAAAACUACCCACAAGAAAUCUUCAGCCACGGAUGCAUGCAUGUCAACAACCCAGGAUUCAGAAGAACUCAGUGAUGAUGUGGAAAAAUCAGUCACUCACAGGAAAAGAAUUGCAUCAGAAGAUGAAGAGAAUCAAAGUGAUGACGCAGAUCAAAGAAGGGUUCCCAAAAACAGAAACCGGUCAUCCAAUGCUCGCAAACAGAAGCUCUGUGCGAGUUCGGAUGAAUCCAGUUCGGAAAGCGAUGAAAAGGCAGACCGAGGACGAAUAAAGAGUGAGGGCACUUCUUCAGACGAAUGGCAAAAGAGUGACACAUCAGAAGAAGACAAGAAGACACAUCCACAGAGAAAGCCUUGCCCUACGGUUGCAUCCAAAGGAGUCUCUUUGAGAACUCGUCCCAAGAAGAACUACAUUAUGGAGGACUCCGAAGAAGAAUUUAGUCCUAAGAUGGACGUGCAAGCAAAGAAUGGAGUAAAAAAUCAGCAGGCCAACUCCCGGACAAGAAAACCUUCAGGUGGCGGAUUCAAAAGGAAACACGGUGGCUCCUCCGAGUCAGACGCAGACAGCAAAAGCAGUAGGAGCAGUGAUGGUAAUAAGCUUGCGGAAGCUCAAAGAAAAAGUGCAAAACGCUUCAAGCAAUUAAUGGGCUCGACGGACUCUGAGAGCGAUUUUGAAACUAGGUGCAAAUCAGAGAAUGGUCGGGCGCAAAGGUCUCAGGGGAAGCUUCCUACAGUGUCCCGACAACGACGAAAGCAAAGUGAAAGCGACAAAGGGAGCAAUGAUAACGGAAGCAAUUUUGAGAGCGAAGAAUCUGAAUCAGAAGCAAGCUCAGGUUCACGAAGCAGUCCAAAGAGAAGGCUGAGAGACCGUGACCGAGGAACCGCACGCUCGAGGAAACCUCGCAGGGUUGUUUCCGAUGACGAUAGUGACGUGUCGUUUGAGAAACCUCGUCGAGGCAGGCGCAUCCAGACCAGAAACAAAGGCAAACGGACUGUGAAUUACCAAGACAGUGAAUGAAGGACAGUCGAGCCAUGCAAAAGACACUAACUGAAGACCUUGAAGACACUUGAUUGUCCCAACAUUAAACAAUGGUAGUAGCACUGGAGUCCUAGAUAUACUGUGAAUCGGUUUCAUUCAGGGAUAUUAUUUAUAUUUUCUAUGAAAAAAAUAAGCAUAACAAAUGAACUAUAAAUAAGAUGUAUUUGAUCUACUGGUUUGGCUGUUCAAACCAGCCCCACUCUGUGAUUCGGCCAACAGGAAAGACUGCAAAGAGAAGCAUUGUUUGCUUGGGUGCUAUCUUAAUAUACCUCCUGUUUAAUCGAGCAUAUUUGCUGGCUUGCACUAAAAGGCACACUGUAAUGAGGUAUUUUAUACACUAGUUCUGCAUUAGAAACUCAGGGGUCAACUACGUUUACCAUGUUCUCAGAGUUGCAUUUGUUUGUUUCAAUCUUUAGUUCUAGGAUUCUAGCGUCGUGUUUUUGACAUGAGUAUUUAGGUCCAAACACAGUUUGCGAAAAAGAACAAGUCGUCUUUGACUUUGACACAAACUCUGUAUCGUCACUGUUAAAUGAAUUGUUGAGCCAAAUUGUACAAACAUUCUUCUUCCAGUCAUCCUUUUGGUUCCUUUUCGAUUGAUUUUCGUUGACCAUCUUUCCAGGUUUCUGAGAAUCAGUUUUUGUAGCAAAGCGUUGUAUAUUUAAAAAAAAAAUAAUAAUUCCUCUGUCAAGCAUUACUUUUGUUUUGUAUGCGUUUGAAAUGAUUUGCCAUGCCAUGAACUAUGAAUUGGUACCUAUUUGCUAAGUACAGUAAAUCAAGAGAGUACUUCCAGCAAAGUACUGUGAUUUCUCAUAUUGGGAAGAUGUUUUAGUGAUCUGUUGCGUACUUUCAGUAUUAAUUACUUUUCAGACUUAACUUAUGAACAGCAAUUAACUUUUGUACACAGUCUUUGAAUUGUGCAUCGCAGUUGAUGUAAUGCAGUUGUCAGUUGGCAUUUUGCUUAAUGUUUUUUUUUUUUCAUAAGAGCUUCUUUAAUACAAGUUUGAAUGAGGAUGUUGAGCCUGUUGGCCGUUUAAGAGAGAGAGAGGGAUAACUUCCAUUAAAUAAAGUACUGUUUCAGGUUGGAAUGCGAAUCUGUUUUUCACUUGUUUCAAUAAAUCUUUCAUUGAGCAGAUGCAGGACAAA